CUGCUAUCAAAAAGGCUUUGGUCUUUUCCUCCAUUCUUCGUGCUCAGCGAGGGAAUUUAUUCUUCUUCUACUGCUUCUUCCGAGCCAUACCUAAUACUCAUGCUUUAGGCAGAAGAUAUGUUAUUUUAGUACGGCCACAGGAGUGGCCUCGUGAUUCUUGGCCAGAUCAGAGAAAAUGGCACAACUUGCUUGACGCACUAACCAAUCUCACAUGUCACACAUACAAAUGCACUGUCUCUUCACACCCUUUUUUACUUUCAAGGACACUUCAUCUUCCUAGCACUUUCCGAUCUCCCUCCAAGAUGGAUUCUUCAACCAAUCACUCGAAAAUAUUGUCGGUUUUGCUCCUUUUCUCAGUACUGAUCAUUGUCGAAUCAUGUCACCCUGUGGACCGAGAAGCGCUGCUUCGCUUCAAGUCCGGGAUCACGUCGGACCCUUCCAACCUCCUCCAGUCGUGGGGCCCGUCGUCCGACUGCUGCGCCACCUGGGCCGGCGUCACGUGCGACCCUUCCACCGGCCGGGUCGUGAACGUCUCGCGCCCGGGCCUGUCCACGGGCGAUGACUUCCCGGUGGACACCUACAUGUCCGGCUCGCUGUCCCCGUACCUGGGGAACUUGACCUCCCUCCAGCUUCUCGACCUCAGCAGUGUCAAGGACUUGCGAGGCCCAAUCCCGCCCGAGCUCGGGAGGCUGUCGCGCCUCACCAUCCUGUUCCUCGACUCGAACAAGCUCACGGGGCCGAUCCCAGGGACUUUCCGGCACCUUUACAGGCUGAACAAGCUGUAUUUGAGCAAUAACCAUAUUUCAGGAUCCGUUCCUCCAUCUGUUUUUGGAUCAUUGAGGUCACUCGUCGAAUUAGGCCUAUCGGGAAACAGAUUGUCUGGGAAAAUCCCGUCUUCCAUCGGGAAAAUGGGAAUGCUGAUCAAGCUAGAUCUUCAUGAGAACAGAUUCUCUGGCGGUAUCCCUUCUGAGAUUGGCAACCUCAAGAAUCUCAAGUAUAUGGACUUGUCUGAAAACCGAUUAACUGGGCGUAUUCCUUAUUCUAUCGGCAAGCUUUCAUCGCUGGUAUUGUUUUACCUUAACCAGAACAAGAUUCGCGGAAGCAUCCCGUCUUCCAUUUCCGGACUCGGAUCUUUAGUGUUCUGCCAGUUUUCAGAAAACAAGUUGACAGGAAGAAUACCGGCUUCCAUUGGCAACCUUACCAACAUUCAACGGCUGAUCCUAGAGAACAACAUGCUCGGUGGCAACCUGCCUCACACGAUCGGCCAUCUCACAACCCUCACCGACAUUCUCUUCUCAAACAACCAUUUCGUGGGACGAAUACCAUCGAGCUUCGGGAACCUGCAGAGCCUCCAGAUCCUUGAUCUAUCAAGAAAUCAAAUCUCUGGUCCGAUCCCGACCGAGCUAUCGAAAUUGAAGAACCUGCAGAGCUUAGACCUUUCUUACAAUCCACUAAGAUUAGCGACCUUACCGAGAUGGCUUCAAGAAAUGAGGCUCUUCAUUCUGCGUCUGGCAAAGACUGGGAUCGAGGGGCCGCUUCCGAGGUGGUUAUCAUCCUCGUCUCUGUCCACGCUGGAUUUAUCAAGCAACGCAUUGACCGGGAAGCUGCCCCGAUGGGUCGGAAACAUGAGCAACCUUUCUUUUCUCAACUUAUCAAACAAUGGCUUCCAGUCACCGAUUCCAAGCGAGUUCAAGAAUCUCUCCCUCCUAAUGGACCUCGAUCUCCAUUCAAACAGGUUCACCGGCCGCCUUAACUCUGUGUUCUUGAAACGCAUCCAGGACCCUCUUGGGCGCUUCAACUCCAUCAAUCUCUCAAACAACAUGUUCCGAGGCCCCAUCGAUGAUAAUGUCGGAGAGAUGGAGGCGAUGACCUCCAUCACAUCGUUGAUUUUGUCCAACAACGUACUCGGAGGAUCUAUACCGAAGUCAAUGGGGAAAUUGAUCCAGAUACAGACACUGGAGCUUGUGAAUGACGGGAUAUCGGGCAAAAUACCAGAGGAACUUGGCAAUGCCACCGCACUGGGGACGGUUCGGCUUUCGCGGAAUAAGUUGAGGGGUGGGAUCCCGAAAGAGUUGCUGAACUUGAAGGGACUUCAGGAGUUCGACGUUUCGCACAAUUUGUUAAGUGGGAGAAUUCCUCCUCAUAAGGCCAACAUUCCCGCAUCCGCUUUUUCAGGAAAUCCAGGACUCUGCGGUGCCCCUCUUCCUCCUUGUAAGCAUCGAUAGUUCAUCUAUAGCAGCGGCUCUUUUCCUCGCUCUUUCAAUAACGACGGUCCAAGGGAAGCUCAUAGGAAAAGGUUCCACACCAACUGCAUUAGAAGAGCUUCAGUGAAAUACGCGAGUAUGUAAUAAUUGAUGAAAAGAGCCGUAGCUUUUCCUUUUUCCUUUGGUGUCCCAAGAUUGUAUCAGUUCAUUCUUUUGCAUAAUAAUACCAGAGCUUGCAGAUAAUGCUUUCACCGCG